CUCACCGUGCACUCGCAUGGUAUAUACUGAACGCGGACGCGAGAUUUUGCCCGUCAGUUGCGCAAUCUUGCUUUUUGGGGAUUGAGUAGUGUCUUAACACGGCUUAACAGUUUAGCUAGAUAAAAGAAGAAAAAAAAAAAAAGAAAAAAAGAAAAGCGAUCGUCGGGGGAAAGAGAGAGAGAGAGAGAGAAAGAGGCAAAGAUACGGUGCGGAACAAAGACAGGGGAAGAGUGAUAGAGAGGGAAGAACCACAGGGAACAUUCGCACUCUCCACGGGUUCUGUCGGUUCAGUCACACUGCGUCAUUCGACUGAGCGACAUCACGGUCGUUUCUCUUUCCUUUCAGACUCGUUGACCGCUCUCCUUUUUAUUUUGUUACUUCUCUCUUCUCCCGUAUCUCGAAUCAGUACCUGUCUUCGUUCUUUCGUUUGAUCCUCCGUUUUCGUUCGUAUUCUCUCUUCGAGGAAUAAAAUCCAAUCGCGAUCGUUCGAUCUUUCACGAACAACGAAACGUUAAAGUUUCCAAAAAGCAAAGGAAGGAUAAGUGAAAGAAACAGAAACGUUGAACAAUUUUAACGACGUUUCACAUCUAUUGUACCGGUGCUCGACGAAACUUCUCGAAGGGUUAAUCAACAGAUUCAAUCUGACUGCGAAACGUCUGUGUUCUUCAUCGAUCCUCGAAUUUAGAGAAGAGGCCGUGUUGCGAUUGCUGCUGUAGUCGAGAGGAACAGUCAUGAACGGGAUUUCCAAUCAAUGCGCGAAAAUCCAGGACCUGGACGACAACGAGGAGGAUCGCAAGAUGAUAAAAAAGCCUGGACCACUGAGGACUGUUUCCUGGUCGGAGAGCGUCGAGGAGUGCAAUUUAGAUGUGCCGGGGACACCCAGAACUCCGCGUACCUCCACCACGCCAGGGCAUGAAAAAUGCAUGUUUCAUCACGAUUUGGAGCUAGACCACAAGCCACCUACACGCGAAGCUCUACUUCCGGAAAUGUCACGAAGUUACAGACUGCUAUUGAGCUCACUUGGCGAGGAUCCCGAUCGACCGGGUCUUUUAAAAACUCCGGAACGUGCUGCGAAAGCCAUGCUGUUUUUCACAAAGGGUUACGAUCAGUCCAUCGAUGAUGUUAUAAACGACGCGAUAUUCGACGAAGAUCACGACGAGAUGGUUGUAGUGAAGAAUAUCGAAAUGUUCUCCAUGUGCGAGCAUCACUUGGUACCGUUCUACGGAAAAGUCUCGAUCGGCUAUCUCCCCUGCAAGAAGGUCCUCGGCCUGAGCAAGUUAGCUAGAAUCGUAGAGAUUUUCAGUCGACGUCUUCAGGUUCAAGAACGUCUUACCAAACAAAUUGCAAUAGCGGUGACGAAAGCGGUACAACCAGCGGGAGUGGCUGUGGUCGUCGAAGGAGUACACAUGUGCAUGGUGAUGAGAGGAGUGCAAAAAAUAAAUAGUAAAACGGUUACGUCAACGAUGCUUGGUGUGUUCCGAGAUGAUCCAAAGACUCGUGAGGAAUUCCUCAAUUUAGUCCACAACAAGUAAAUCUCUUUCGUCGGAUCGUCGAAGCGUUAUUGGCCACAAGGAACCAAUUUAAAAUGGCCCAGAUAUGAUUCUUGUUUAAACGUUUUUGUCAUAUUGCUACCUCACUACAGAAGGCGUCCAAAAAACAGAAAAAAAAUUAUUAACUCGACGGCGUGUUUCUUUGUAACAUUUCUUUUACUUUCUUUUUUUUUUUUUAAGGAUAUAUCAUUUCGUACAUGCCGAUAUCAUAAAAAAAGAAAUAUAAUACUUGAUUUUAAGAAUAUCGUUGUACAAUCAGAAUAGUCCUGUCGACUAUCGCAAAAGAACGACAAGGCUGGAUAAUGUUGUCUAAGACGUCUUUGAACAAGACGCCCUUAAACUGCUGAUCGAGUGACACAGAGACAAUAUGGUAGUUACAUAACUUACGAAACUUUGCGUGAGUUCUACAAACUGCUGCAACGCUUCUACUAUCAAAAAAAAAAAGAGAGAGAGAACUUACGGAUCGUUUCGCAAAAUGACAACGUUUAUCUUCGUUAGGGAAAAUCGACGCUUUCAAAAAUAUAUUAAUAACAUUACCACGCUGCUGGACCAGCGUGGUAAGCUGUAAUUAUUCGUUUUGGUUAUUGUUAUACAUUACAAAUAUCGUAAUGUUAUUGAUGUAUUCAGGAAAUGGACAAAUAAUAUUCAGAGACAACUACGUUUAUAAAAAUGAACUUAAGAAACUCAGAUGGGUUUCUCGAUCGGCAUGAACUAUCAACGAUUGCCAGGACACUUUCAACCAAUGGCCUCGUGACUCGUGACAAUACAUACAUAUUUUAGAUUCUAUACUAACACAUUCUGACUGAAAAGUGCCCGCCGUCAUGCCAAUCGAGAAAUACUGAUAAGCUCUAUUAUAUUUUGAAAGCGAAAUGCUUACGGCAAACAAACGACAAACUCCUUCGAUUCCGUUAUCGUUUCCAGCUUGUAAAACGUUAACAGCCAUACGUCUUACAACUCGAAACGUUUUGAGAAGUUCCACACUCUCUUUAGAUUCUGUCAUCAUGAUUUCUUCUUGUUACUUUUUGUUACUACUAGAAACUUUUCCUGUACAACUGAUACUUACGUGUGCAGUCUCUUUUUAUGGAAAACGGAAGCAAUUUCGACGCACAAUUUUUCAGCCAUACAAUGUGCGUCGAAAAACGAAUGUAAAAGAAUCAAUAGAAAAGAUUAUCAAAUUUGUUUAAUAAAUUGUAUAUUAAUUCUUUGCGGGCGAAACGGUUUGAAGCCGAACGUUCUGCAGAAUCGAGUCGCUGCAGUGACAGUCGUCUGAAAUUAUAGUUUAAUUGCACACGAUAUCGCUCAUAACGUUCCCAGAUGCCAAAUUUUAGACAUAUCUAUGAAAGAAUUAUAAAAUAUAUUUACUAAUACUUUUUAUUAGAUAAAUUAUUAAUACCAAAUUACAUUUAAUAAUACAACUGUAAAUAACAGCUGUCCAAUUUAAUUUGUGGGCGUUUUUGUAGCACUUCUUUUUCCAAUGGAAGGUGAAAUUUGCUAGAUUUUUCUUUUUUUAUCUUUAAUUUGUUAAUAAAUAACGUACGCGUUAUAUAAUGAUAAAUUUAAUAUCUAAUGAAAAAAAUAUUUAUUUUGCCAUCUUAUUGCUUUUCUUAAACAAUCAAUAUUAUAAACACAGACCAUAUUUGUUUAAUAUGUGUUUAAUUUCGACUCUGUUGUUUCGCAAAACGCAUAAUAUGUGUGUUUCGGCUCUAUUGAUUGUUUUCACCGAACGCAUAAAUGCUACAUUUAUGACGUUAAACACAUAUGCGUCGAUCGUCCGCAAAGGAUUAAUGCAUAAUACCGAAAUGUUUCGACACAAAUGUAUAUUUAUGUCAUUGUUUUAUACAUAUAGUUUCAGCUAAUCAAAUUAAUUGCUUUAGAUAAUCAAAGUUCAUAUCUAAAUCAUGGGAAAUUAUAUUCGAAUAUAAUAACGGUUAGUACUUAAAAUGAGUAGAGCAUUACAUAUUUUAUAAUUGUUAUUACUUUAUUUUAGCCAUGACAUCGUCCGUUGUCGUAUCGUUUAAAGAGAAAUUUCAAAAAUCGGUAUCUCAAUAGAUCAGAUUCAAUGAUUGGUGAAACAGAUUGUUUUUAUUUUUCCAAAUACUGUUUGUGAAUAUUAUAAUUUCAUUACGCAUUCGUUGAAACUUCUAUGAAAUGUGUAAAAUACUAUGUAUCAAUGAUGUUUAAGGUAUAAGGUCCAACAGAAUUUCACGGUAUCUUUGAUAUGUCCUCCAAUUCUAUUUUACAUUAUAUAAUGAAAGAAAUAUUUUAAUGUUAUUUAUGAGAAUGGAUAUUUAAUAUUUAUAAUAUUUUUCUGAUGAUGUUAUAUAAAGUUAUAUUUAUACUUUCAA